UUUGACGCCACAGGCAGGGGCCCAAUGAGGGACGCCGCGGUGUGGGCGGGGUCUCGCAGCGCCCCGCCUCCCGGGGCCGUCCCACAGCAGCCGGCCUGGGCGGGGCGGUCGACGCGCUGGUCGCCUGUGCUCUCCUGCGACGUCAGGCUCCUUGGUGUGUCAGCCCUGUUUCCAAGGUCACUGUAUCUCUAUAUUACAGAAAACGCAUUAAAGACUGUUCAGAGCAAUUUUACGGGACAUAGCUAUGGCGGCCAGCCUCAAAGAUGGCUCCAGUGGUCCCCACCUCCUGGAAUGCACGCUCGUGGAGUCUCCUCCUGCACUGUACAUGGGUCGGUACGACUUCGUGGUGGCAGAAAUGAGUUUGAAGGCACAGUGGAAGUGUACGCCCAUGGAGGUUGGGGCGCAGUCUGCAGCAGCCACUGGGAUGACGCUGACGCCUCGGUCGUUUGUCACCAGCUGCAGCUGGGAAGAAAAGGCGUCGCAAAACAAACCCCGUUUUCCAGCCUGGGCCUUAUUCCCGUUUACUGGAGCCACGUUCGUUGCCGCGGAGACGAAGACAGUUUACUGCUGUGUGGAAAAGACAUCUGGCGGGGCGGGCCGUGUCCUCAGAAGAUGGCAGCCGCCGUCACGUGCAGCCUUUCCCAGGGUCCCGCGUCCCCUGUCCUGCGCCUUGCUGGCGGGAGCAGUGUGCACGAGGGCCGUGUGGAGCUCUACCAUGCUGGGCAGUGGGGGACCGUCUGUGACGACCAGUGGGACGACGCAGAUGCAGAAGUGAUCUGCAGGCAGCUGGGCCUGAGCGGCAUCGCCAAAGCGUGGAGCCGCGCGCAUUUUGGGGAAGGGUCCGGCCCGGUCAUGCUGGAUGAAGUGCGCUGCACGGGCAACGAGCUUGCUAUCGAGCAGUGUCCAAAGAGCUCGUGGGGAGAGCACAACUGUGGCCACAAGGAAGACGCCGGCGUGUCCUGCACCCCUCUGACGGAUGGGGCCCUCAGACUUGCAGGUGGGAAAGACAGCCAUGAGGGUCGCCUGGAGGUGUAUUACAGGGGACAGUGGGGGACCGUCUGCGAUGAUGGCUGGACAGAGCUGAAUACAUAUGUGGUUUGCCGACAGCUGGGAUUUAAACACGGCAGGCAGGCCGCUGCACACCACUUUAAGGAGCCCGCAGGACCCGUGUGGCUGGAUGACGUCAGCUGCUCGGGAAAGGAAACCAGCUUCCUUCAGUGUUCCAGGCGGCAGUGGGGAGCACAUGACUGCAGCCAUCGGGAGGACGUGGCUCUGGCCUGCUACCCCGGCGGCGAGGGACACAGGCCGUCUCUGGGUUUUCCCAUCAGACUGGUGGACGGAGAAAAUAAGAAAGAAGGACGCGUGGAGGUGUUUCUCAGCGGCCAGUGGGGGACAGUCUGCGAUGACGGGUGGACUGACAAGGACGCAGCUGUGACCUGUCGCCAGCUCGGCUACAAGGGACCUGCCAGAGCCCGCCCCAUGGCCUAUUUCGGGGAGGGGAAGGGGCCCAUCCACGUGGAUAACGUGAGGUGCACAGGGACUGAGCGGUCCCUGGCCGACUGUGUCAAGCAGGAACUGGGAAGACACAACUGCCGCCACAGCGAAGACGCAGGCGUCAUUUGUGAUUAUUUUGGCAAGAAAGCAUCAGGCAACGGUAGUGCAGAGUCCCUGGCGGCCGUCUGCGGGAUGAGGUCACUGCACUGGAGGCAGAAGCGCAUCAUCGGCGGCAAAAACUCCUUAAGGGGGGGUUGGCCUUGGCAGGUGUCGCUCCGGCUAAAGUCGUCCCAUGGAGAUGGCAGGCUCCUUUGUGGGGCCACACUCCUCAGCAGCUGCUGGGUCCUGACAGCGGCACACUGCUUCAAGAGGUUCGGCACCGGGCCGCGGAGCUACGCCAUCCGCGUCGGGGAUCACCACACGCUGGUGCCGGAGGAGUUCGAGGAGGAGCUCGGGGUCCAGCAGAUCGUCGUGCACCCGGAGUACCGCCUGGACGGCAGCGACUACGACAUCGCCCUGGUCAGGCUGCGCGGGCAGGAGCAUUGCGCCAGCUUGGGCAGCCACGUCCGGCCGGCCUGCUUGCCGCUCCCGAGGGAGAGGCCGCAGAGGACGGCCUCCAACUGUUACAUCACCGGCUGGGGAGACACAGGACGAGCGUAUUCCAGAACUCUCCAACAAGCAGCCAUCCCCUUACUCCCCAAGAGGUUUUGUGAAAAACGCUACAAGGGUCGGUUCACAGGAAGGAUGCUCUGUGCUGGAAGUCUCCAUGAACACAGACGUGUGGACAGCUGCCAGGGGGACAGCGGAGGACCCCUCAUGUGUGAGCGGCCCGGAGGGACCUGGGUUGUAUAUGGGGUGACCUCCUGGGGUUACGGCUGUGCAGUCAAGGACUCGCCUGGCGUUUACACCAAAGUUUCAGCCUUUAUACCUUGGAUAAAAAAUGUCACCAAAUUGUAAUUCAUAGAAACCUCAGGAGAAAAGUGUUUAAAGAAUCUGUUGGAAAAUUUUCAACCUCCACAUCAGUACUCAGCUGAAAUGCCAGCUGAUGGCGCUGGGGUCCGUGUGAUUUGCU